GGCCAUUGUCUGGCGACUGCUCUGCCCCGAAGAGGGCAGACAGAGGGGUCAGACCAUUGUGUGUGACACUCAGCGCUUCCAGCACUCACCAGCCUGGGAGAGGAGACCCGGGAGGCAGCGGAGACGUCUGGUGACAGCCCUCGGCCGAGCAUGGCCCUCUCAGCCCUGGGCCUGGACCCCUGGAGCCCCCUGGGCCUGCUUUGCUCCCAUCUAUUCCUGCUGCUGUCACUGCCGCCAGCCGUCGGGGCUGAUGGGCAGGGGCCUGUGCCCAGGGUCAAGUACCAUUCAGGGGACAGCUGCAGGGCCCUCAGCUUCUACCAGAAAGGCCUCCAGGACUUUGACACUCUGCUCCUGAGUGAUGAUGGCAACACGCUGUACGUGGGGGCUCGAGAGACCAUCCUGGCCUUGAAUAUCCAAGACCCAGGCGUGCCAAGGCUGAGGAGUACGAUACCCUGGCCAGCCAGUGAGAGAAAGAAGAAUGACUGUGCCUUUAAGAAGAAAAGCAAUGAGACUCAGUGCCUCAAUUUCAUCCGCGUCCUGGUCUCCUUCAACGCCACCCACCUCUACAGCUGCGGAACCUAUGCUUUCAGCCCAGCUUGUACCUUCAUUGAACUCCAAGAUUCCAACCUGGUGCCCAUCUUGGAGGACAGAGUCCUGGAGGGCAAAGGCCAAAGCCCCUUUGACCCUGCUCACAAGAACACAGCUGUCUUGGUAGACGGGAUGUUAUACUCGGGUACCAUGAACAACUUCCUGGGCAGCGAGCCCAUCCUGAUGCGCACGUUGGGAUCCCAGCCUGUCCUCAAGACCGACACCUUCCUGCGCUGGCUGCACCCGGACGCCUCCUUCGUGGCAGCCAUCCCAUCGACGCAGUUCGUCUACUUCUUCUUCGAGGAGACAGCCAGCGAGUUCGACUUCUUCGAGAAGCUGCACACCUCGCGGGUGGCUCGCGUCUGCCAGAACGACGUGGGCGGCGAGAAGUUGCUGCAGAAGAAAUGGACCACCUUCCUGAAAGCGCAGCUGCUGUGUGCCCAGCCCGGGCAGCUGCCGUUCAACGUGAUCCGCCACGCCGUCCUGCUGCCCUCGGAGGGUCCUUCCGGUGCCCGCAUCUACGCGGCCUUCACCUCGCAGUGGCAGGUCGGCGGGACCAGGAGCUCUGCAGUUUGUGUUUUCUCCCUCGCCAACAUCGAACGCGUCUUUAAGGGGAAGUUCAAGGAGAUGAACAAAGAAAGUUCACGCUGGACCACGUACAGGGGCCCUGAGACCAGCCCUCGGCCAGGCAGUUGCUCCGUGGGCCCCUCCUCCGACAAAGCCUUGACCUUCAUGAAGGACCACUUCCUGAUGGACGAGCAGGUGGUGGGAACAGCCCUGCUGGUGAAGUCCGGUGUGGAGUACACCCGGCUUGCGGUGGAGACAGCUCGGGGCCUGGACGGGAGUAGCCACCUGGUCAUGUACCUGGGCACCUCCGCGGGCUCGCUGCACAAGGCGGUGGUGGCCCGGGACCGCGGCGCUCACCUGGUGGAGGAGAUCCAACUGAGCCCUGAGCCCGAGCCCGUCCGCAGCCUGCUGCUGGCCCCCACCCAGGGCGCAGUGUUUGCAGGCUUCUCAGGAGCCGUCUGGAAGGUUCCCCGAGCCAACUGCAGCGUCUAUGAGAGCUGUGUGGAUUGUGUCCUGGCCCGGGACCCCCACUGCGCCUGGGACCCCGAGUCCGGAACCUGCCGCCUUCUGUCAGGGCCCGCUCAGAGCUCUUGGAGGCAGGACGCAGAGCGAGGAAAUCCAGAGUGGGCAUGUACCCGUGGCCUCAUGGGCAGGAGCCCCCGGCGGCAGAGCCCCCCUCAACUCAUUAAAGAAGUCCUGGCGGUGCCCAGCUCCAUCCUGGAACUGCCCUGCCCCCACCUGUCUGCACUGGCUUCUUACCACUGGAGUCACAGCAAGGCGGCAGUCCCCGAGGCCUCCUCUGCCAUCUACAACGGCUCUCUCCUUCUGCUGCCAAGGGAUGGAGUCGGGGGUCUCUAUCAGUGUGUAGCCACCGAGAAUGGCUAUUCCUACCCUGUGGUCUCCUACUGGGUGGACACCCAGGACCGGUCCCUGGCGCUGGAUCCUGAACUGGCAGGCAUUCCCCGGCAGCGUGUGCAGGUCCCGCUGACAAGGGUAGGUGGCGGCGCUGCCCUGGCUGCCCAGCGGUCCUACUGGCCUCAUUUUCUCGUCGUCACCGUCCUCCUGGCAUUAGUGCUCUCGGGAGCACUCAUCUACCUCCUUGCCUCCCCGCUGGGAGCACUCUGGGCUCGAAGCAAGGUCCAGAGCUGUGACACUCUGCCCCCUGUGGAGAAGGCCCCCCUGAGCAGGGAGCAGUGUCUGCAGCCUCCCAAGAACCAGAGGACCUCUGAGAGUGACGUGAAUGCUGACAACCGUCAUCUGGGCACGGAGGUGGCUUAAACUCUGGGCACAGGCAGGGGUCGUUGAGUGGAGCAGGCACCUGGCCAUGUUGUGUGGGCCGGGCAGUGUCCCUGUGACCAGGAUGGAUGGCACACAGGCUGCCCUUCACUGUGCUCCCACCUGCAUGAGGCAGGGCCACGCACGGCUGCCCCCUUCCCUGUGCCAGGCCUGUCUGCGAGUCCAGGGCUGUACUGGGGAAUGUCUCUCGACCUCCACCUGUGCCAUGACAGAAGAUGCUGGAAAGGAUCAUUAGUUCCGGUUACUCUGCAGACCCUCCUGGAAAACCUGUGCUGGGAUCCUGUCUGUGGUGACAAAACCCAAACGUCCAAACACCACAAGCGAGGCCACUCGUAGAGCCUCUCCUCUGAGUGUGGCCGCCACUCUGGAAACAUCUGCUAGGUCGAACACAAGCCCUGCCCCUCUCCAGGAUUCUGCAGGGACGCCGGCCCCUGACCAGUCACGCACCCACGACUCCGGGAAGCCAUUUCUGAAGUCUGGCUGCCUCCUGCUUGCUCAGUUUGGGCAGAUUGUUAUUGCCCUGGCUGCAACAGCAGGCAUAAUCUGAGCCUCCCUCACUCCUUACCUUUAUCGUGGCUGGCCCUUUACGCCUUCCCUUUCCCUGUGUUUUGGGAUUCAGAAAAG